CCAAGAAAUUGGAGAAGAGCCUCUCUCUCUCUCUCUCUCUCUCUCUCUCUGCUUCAUUGCUCCUCCUCUUUUACUCUUGUGAUGCGACGAAGCAGAGUAUGAGUCUGGCGGCGAACCUUCCUUCUCCUCCCUUGUCUUCUUCCAACCACCAUAACUGCAAGAACUCGAACGGAGAUGGGGAGAGUUCAGCAGAGGACCCCAUUUGCCAGGUGAAGCUCCCAGCUCCUGCCUUCAAAUGGCGCUUGGUCAUAGCUUACGAUGGGACAAACUACGCAGGUUGGCAGUUUCAGCAGUCUCCUCCAACCAUACAGUGCUUCAUAGAAAAAGCCUUAACUCGAGUCACGAAGCUAGAGCGGGAGGAUCUUCAUAUAGUUGGUGCAGGUAGAACUGAUGCAGGCGUUCAUGCAUGGGGCCAGGAGGCUCACUUUCUUACGCCAUUUAAGUAUGAGUGCUUAGAAGGAGUCCACACCGCUCUGAAUGGGGUCCUUCCUCCGGAUAUAAGGGUCAGGGAGGUUAGCCCUGCAAUUCCCGAAUUCCAUGCCCGAUUUUCGGUUACUAGCAAGGUCUAUCGAUACAAGAUAUACAAUGACCCAGUCAUGGACCCAUUUCAACGAUAUUAUGCUUAUCAUAGUGCUUAUAAGCUUAAGGCUAGUGCUAUGAGAGAGGCUGCUCAGCAUUUCAUGGGAAGCCACGAUUUCUCUGCCUUUGCAAAUGCUUCUCGAAAUGAUCGGGCUCCAAAUCCUGUCAAAAACAUAUUCCGCUUUGAUGUUGUUGAACAGGGAGCUCUCAUACAAAUAGAGGUUGAAGGUUCGGGAUUUUUGUAUAGACAAGUAAGAAACAUGGUUGCUUUGCUGCUGCAAAUUGGAAGAGAAGCCAUACCUCCAAGUAUUGUCCCAGUGAUCUUAGAGUCUCGGGACCGCAAGGAGCUGGCAAAGCAUGCCCUGUCGGUUCCGCCUCAUGGGCUCUGUCUAGUUUCUGUGAAUUACAGAGAAGAUCAUCUUCGGCUUCCUUCGGACUGUCCUCCUCCGAGCUUUGGGAGGACACACACUGUGAGCAAAUGUAAGCUUCCAUUCUACUAAGAAAUCCUUGGGAGAUUCUACAAUUCAUUUGAAGAUGGUGAUUCUAGGAAAGGAAAACUCGUAUCUCUUUCCACUCUUCUUCGAAAUAGUGGGCAAUUCCCCGAUUCAUUAGAAGAUGGUACAAAAUAGUGGGCAGUUCCCCCGAUUCAUUUGAAGAUGGUGAUUGCACAACACAGCUCUUUCAACUUUCGACUCACAGGCUCUUUCAACUUUCAACUCACAGACGUCAGACUUUCAAGUAUGGUUAUGUAGCUGAUAGCAGAUCUCAAGAUGUCAAGAUGUACAAGCUACAGAAGGAAUCUGCGAAAGCAGAAUCUCUUUUUUGACAGAGACUUUUUGUAAUGCAGAUGAUGUCAGAGAGGGAAAGAUCUAACCGGAAAAUUUGAAUUCGAUUGUUCCAUUUUUAGCAAAUAAAAUUUUUGAUUUGGCUGCUAAA